ACUAUGUGGGGGAGGAGAGAGAAAGUGGGAGAUGUCGUUUGCGAGAGGGGUGACCGAAGAAUGGGUCCCAUCCUUCGUGGCAUGGAUAGAAUUCGACGUUUUUUCAAAGUGAGCUAAUUUUGGCAAAUAUUAACCAAAAUGAUUGCGUGGUAAAAGUAUUUACCAAACUAAGCUUCCAGGCUAAAACGCUGUAUCGGUCAGCGUUUUAUGCCUGGGUUUUUUUUAAAAAAAAAUCAACCUAAAAACGCUGUCUGGGACAGCGUCUUUGUUGUUGACCUUUUUUGCGUUUAACUCUGAGAACUAUAAACGCUGUCUCAGACAGCGUUUCUGUCGUUUUUUUUUUUCCCUCCACAGCGUAUUUCAUUUCAUUUCCUCCUCCUUCAUUCUCAAACCCCUUCUUUCCCAAACUCUAACUUAAUCCCCCUCUCUCUCAUAGUUGUGCUCCUCCGUGUAGACCGCCCCCGGCGCCGCCACCUCCACCGUCGCCUGCCGUCACCUCCACCGUCGCCCUCCGUGUAGCCCACUAUACACUCCCCUCACCCUGAAAUAGAUAUCAUGGACGUACGGGAUAGGACACCCGGACCUGUUGACCCUUCUGUCCUGACACUACAGGACACCCAUCGGAGCGUCGACGUAUGGAACCUGACGGGUGACGUAGCGAAGCCACUACAGUGCAGGCACUACAGGACCCCCUGGGUUGUCCAUGAUCGCUGCCUUGAGUACGUGACGUACGCUGGCUUUGGCGGUGUACAUCGCUUGGGAUUCAGGGAGAUCGACCGACACCUUGUCACGACGUUAGUGGAGAGAUGGAGGCAGGAGACGCACUCCUUCCACCUACCAGUUGGGGAGGCGACUGUGACAUUGUGGGACGUGGCAAUACUGACGCGCCUUCCAGUACAGGGGACUGCGGUGACGGGAUCAUUUCUAGUCGAUCCCGUUGGAUUGGUUGUGCGGGUUCUCGGGGUGCAGCCGGGUCCCAACGAUGUUAGGGGCUCCGCCUUGAGGACGAUCUGGUUACGAGAUACUUUCCAGGGCUUGCCUGCGGACGCCGAUGACGCCACAGUACAGAGAUACGCUCGAGCGUACUUGUUCUUCCUCAUAUCCGGCGUGGUGUUCGGCAACAAGAGCGGGAGCCACUUGCAGCUUAUUUACCUACAGCUGUUAGACCACGACUGGGAGCAUAUCCGUGGAUACAGCUGGGGUAGUGCCUCUUUGGCGGUGUUGUAUCGCCAACUUUGCAGAGCCUCACGGAGUGGUGCGCUCGAGAUUGGAGGACCUCUGUUUGUGCUUCAGGUAUACUACGUAUAUUAUCACAAGCGAAUUAUGCAAUGAGUAAUGUCAUAUUUAACAUAGUUUUGUGUUUUG